AUGACACAAUCUCCCUCCAAACCAGAUUAUGAUAUCCUCAUCGUCGGCGCUGGGUUCUCUGGGAUUUUCCUCCUAUACCAGCUUCGCAAGCUAGGCUAUAGGUGCAAAAUAUAUGAGACUGCGCCAGACCUCGGCGGGGUAUGGUACUGGAACACCUACCCCGGUGCCCGUGUAGAUACAGAGAGUUUUGUUUACCAGCUGUCUAUCCCAGAAGCAUGGAAGGACUGGGACUGGAAGGAAAGAUUCCCCGGGCGUGACGAGUUGCAGGCAUAUUUCCACCAUCUGGAUAAAGUGCUCGAUAUUAAGAAAGAUGUCGAGUUCGAAACAAGCGUUGUUGGAGCGCAGUUCGACCGGGAUAGCGCCCUGUGGAAGGUGAAAACCGAUAAUGGGAAAACCACGACUUCGCGGUUCUUUUUACCCUGCGUUGGAACGGUGACAAAGCAAUAUGUGCCUGAUUUCCCUGGUUUACAGUCUUUCCAGGGAGAGAUAUAUCAUUCCUCAGCCUGGCCGCGGGAGGGGGUUGAUGUGCAAGGGAAGAAGCUCGCUGUUAUUGGAACCGGGCCCAGUGGAGUCCAGAUUAUCCAAGAAUGGGCCAAGGAAGCAGACACUCUUACUGUUUUUCAACGAACGCCAAAUCUAGCGCUUCCCAUGGGCCAGGAGAUCUAUACAGUGGAGGACCAAGCACGUAUCCGUUCUCGCUACCCACAGGUCUUUGAAGACAGAGCGAAGACAUUUAGUGGGAAUUUGGAGGAUUUCCUACCGACGAAAUUGUUCGAUGUUCCAACUGCGGAGCGGGCGGCCUUGUUCGAGGCGAACUGGAAGAAGGGUGGAUUUUCGUUUAUUCUGGACAAUUACUCGGACAUAUUGCUUGAUGAAAAGGCAAACCGUGAGUUAUACAAUUUCUGGGCGAAGAAGACACGCGAGAGGAUAGUUGAUCCCAGGAAAAAGGAUCUUCUGGCUCCGCUGGAACCAUUUCAUGCUCUCGGGGCGAAACGUUCAUCGUUAGAGCAGGAUUAUUUCGAACAGUUUAAUCGACCAAACGUUGAUAUUGUCAAUCUCCGUGAAGUCAAGAUCGCUGAGGUCAAACCCACCGGUAUCGCUACCAGCGAUGGAAACUUUUAUCCUGUCGAUGCUAUUGCCAUAGCUACCGGGUUUGAUGCAGUCACUGGUCCUAUCACGAAUAUGGGCCUUAUAAACACGGACGGCACGUCGUUGGCUGAGGAGUGGAAGGAUGGCGUCCACAACUACUUAGGCAUGGCGAGCCAUGGUUAUCCAAAUAUGUUUUGGAUCUACGGAGUUCAUGGACCUACGGGGCUCAGUAAUGGUCCGGUAGCUAUUGAGCUUCAGGGCCAGUGGGUUAUUGAUGCGAUUCAAAAGAUCGAUAAGAGCGGAUUGUCAUACGUGGAACCUACCGUUGAAGCAGAGCAGAAGUGGAAAGAGCUGGUAACCCAGAUUACUGAUAUGACCUUGUUGCCAGCCGUGGACUCCUGGUAUAUGGGAGCUAAUAUACCUGGCAAGAAGCGAGAACAUUUGAAUUUCCCAGGUGGCCUGGCACUGUAUGAACAGCAGUGUCGACAGGCCUUGGAAGGAUGGGAGGGGUUUCAAACUGUGUAG